AUGAGCAACCACGAAGACCCUAAACCUCCCCAGAACCACCCUCUUCCUCUUCCACCUCUUCCUCCUCCUCCUCCCCUCUCUUCUGCCAAGAUCUCAGAUGGGUAUUCAGGUGGUUCGAAGCACCACUUCCCCAACCCACCUGACCGCACAAACCCAGACCCGGCAACACUCAGAGAGCAAUGGAGGUUCGCGAUAAGGCAGUACAGCAGGUGGUACUCUCAGGCAUGGGGCACAGCGAUACUGGCUGGGAUUUCGUUCUUUGCCCUUGGUUGGAUCAUCAAGGGCUCCAAUCCUCUUCCCUCCCACAAGCCCAAGGACGAAGAUAAUCCUUCUUCUUCGUCUUCAAAUUCUCAUGAUUCUGAGGGUGUUGUUGAUGAAUUUGCAGAUAGACCGUUGAAUGAGAAUGCUUGA